UUUUAUUUCAGAGAAUCCAUGGAUAUCCUUUCUAGAAAGACAGGCUAGGAAUAUCCAGAAAUUGUAAUUGACAUAGAAUCUUAAAAUUUCUCAAUUACAAUGGAUAAAGAGAAGAAAAUAUAUCUCAAGAGAGAACUUGGCUACUUCUGGGUCACAAAUUUUUUAAUUAUUAAUAUAAUUGGUGCAGGGAUUUUUGUGUCCCCCAAAGGGGUGCUAGAGUACUCCUGCAUGAAUGUAGGGAUGGCCCUGUGUAUCUGGGCUACCUGUGCCCUAAUAGACAUGACAGUCACUCUCUGCUUUGCAGAGAUAAGUAUAACCUUCCCACUCAGCGGAGCUCAGGUCUAUUUCAUCAAGAGAUGCUACGGCCCCUUACCUGGUUUCCUGAGGCUUUGGACGUCCCUGUUCACUGGGGCGGGGGUAGUGGCUAGUCAAGCCCUACUCCUUGCCGAGUACAGCAUCCAGCCUUUUUACCCCAGCUGCUCUGUCCCAAAGGUAGCCAUGAAGUGUCUGGCCCUGGCCAUGUUGUGUAUAGUGGGAAUUCUGAAUUCUCGUGGUGUGAAAGAGGUGACUUGGCUUCAGACACUGAGCAUGGUGCUAAAAGUGGCCAUCCUUAGCCUCAUUUCCCUCAGUGGAGUGUUCAUGCUGGUGAGAGGAAAGAAAGAGAAUGUAGCAAGGUUGCAGAAUGCUUUUGAUGCUGAAUUUCCAGAUGCUUCCCAGAUAACUGAAGCCAUCUUCCAAGGAUUUUUUGCAUUUUCAGGCGGGGGAUGCUUUACAUGGGUAGCAGGAGAGCUGAAGAACCCCAGUAAGACCAUUCCCAGAUCCAUAUUUACGGCACUCCCUCUGGUGACUGUUCUCUAUUUACUGAUUAACAUUUCCUACAUGACUGUUCUGACGCCCAGGGAAAUUCUUUCUUCAGAUGCUGUGGCUAUCACAUGGACUGAUAAAGUUGUCCCUCAAUUAACAUGGUUUAUUCCUUUUGCUAUUUCUGCCUCAUUAUUUAGCAAUCUUCUGACUAAUGUACUUGAAUCAACAAGAGGGACAUAUAUUGCUGGACAGCAAGGCCAGCUGCCUUUAAUAUUCAAUACACUUAAUAUUCACUCCUCUCCAUUUAUAUCUGUGUUCCUAAAUGUCAUAAUGGGAUCCGUUGCAAUUGUCUUAACAAGCCUAAUUGAACUGAUAAACUAUCUUUUUUUUGUGCUUUCCAUUUGGAAUGUAUUAUCAAUGAUAGGACUACUGAAACUGAGAUACCAGGAGCCCAAUCUACCCAGACCUUAUAAGGUCUUUACACCAUUUAUAUUCAUAAACAUGGCCUUUUCCCUGAGCUUGGUUUUGAUCCCACUGAUAAAGUCUCCAAAGAUGCAUUAUAUCUAUGUAUUACUUUUUCUUCUCAGUGGAUUACUGUUUUAUAUACCUUUAACAUAUUUUAAGCUAAAGUUGGUUUGCUUUGAAAAGGUGACUUGCUAUCUGCAACUACUAUUUAAUGUUUGCAUUCCUGAUAAGUCUGAUGAAAAAAUAUAAGAAACUUUUAAAAAAUACCCUUCUAAAUACACACCAAGUUCCGAAUAAAGAUUAAGCACAUGAUGGAAUGUUAAUUGUGAGAUUCCCAUAGAAACUUUCUCAAAUAAAUUAAUGCAUAUAAAAGUG